UUUCAAAAAUCAUCAAUUGCUUUUGAAUUUAAUGAACGAAAAGUACGGGAAAGAGUGGGUGACAUCCGUGUCACCACCCGGUCCUGAAUGCACUAUCGAUUACGCCAACGCCAAUCGAUUGCAGCAGGAUCAUCCUUGCGUCAUCGAACUUAUCCGGAGUCAGUAUCUUUACCGGCCUUCACCACCCAACGUUCCGCUCAAUUUGUCUCACCCAGAAGUGGCUGACCCGUCGGCCGCCCAAUCCAAAGUUGCGCUAACGCACCUCCACAACCAAACUGGAGGCUUUUUCGUUGAAUGCGGGGCGUUUGAUGGCGAACACGGAUCCAACACGUUGUACAUGGAACGGCACAUGCAGUGGAAGGGCAUCCUCAUCGAACCGGAUCGGAAAUCGUUCGACAAACUGUUAGCCAAACAGCGACACUCUUGGGCUCUACCCGUUUGCCUCGCUACCGAACCGCACCCAACCCAAGUUUCAUUUGAAUCGAAUUACGAGGCGGGAAAGAUUUUUGGGCACGAUGAUGACCAACAGCAGGCGAAUAAAUCGGCCGAAAGAAUUAUUAAGGAGGGCAUCCGGCUGAUUGUAGUCCAGUGUUUCCCCUUGUAUUCGAUUCUACUGGCCGUGGGACGGACCCGCAUCGACUACUUCAGCCUCGACGUCGAAGGCGCCGAGAGUCGAAUUCUUUCUCAUGUGCCCUGGCAUCUUGUCGACAUUAAGACGCUGACAGUGGAGAUAACGUCACGCAACGAGCAAGUAGUCAACCAAGUCACCAGUCACAUGAGGGCCAACGGAUUCAACAGUGCCGGAUUGAUAAUGGGACAGGGAUACUAUGACCUGGUCUUUGUCAACAAUCGAAUGAGUUGACCAACACUCUUUCAAAAUCAUGUUAUCUAAAUUGAAUUAAAAAAUAAUAACAUAAUUGUGAUUGCAUGAAAAGUGCUGUGCUGUUCCCAGUGUAUGAUAUUAAAUCACUCGAUAU